AUGACCAACACCAAGAGUGCCAGAAGCAACAGCAGCAGUAGCAUCGCUAACUCACAGAAAUGUGGCAACAGCAGCAGCAACACCGGCAAUAUUAAGAAUAGAAAUCUAUCCGCUGCUGCCGCUGCCGCUGCACUGAUUAAGCAAUCACUAACCUCACCGCAACACCAUGGCGAAAUCGAUGCCCUGACGGCACUUCAAGUGGAGGAGGUGAUGUACACACAGUCACAAGGAAAUACCAGUUACCAGUUGGACUCCGAAACGAGGAUUGCCUCCGGCGUGCAAGAGCCAACACUCCAGCAGCAACACACCGCCUUCGAGGAUCGCACUAGCGCAGUCCUUCCACCAUACAACCUAUGCAUGGGCAACAAGCCACAGCCACAACAGCAGCCACUACAGCAACCACAGCAAUCACUACAACAGCAACAACCGCAACAACAGCAACAACAGCAACCGUUCGAGGCUGAGCAACAGGAACCGGAGCUGGGUCUGGAGCUGGAGCACAAGCAGCUGGAGCACUCCAGCUACGAGCAGUUCCUCAAGCUGUCCGCUCAUGAGUAUUCGGAACCAGAAAGAAGCUCCGCAGCUGCUCUAAAUCUCAGCAGUAUUGGCGAAAAGGAAGCGGCGGUGGGCGUGGGCGUGGGCGGUGGCGGUGGCGUCGAGUCCAAGGCGGAACUCCAGCUCGAAGAUCCGCCGGAGUUUCGGAUGCUUCGCGGCGUUGGUGCCCCGAUCGAGGAGCCGGCGGAACCGCGAUCUCGAACCCGACCCCCACCCACUGCCGAUGGAAUCAGUAACAAAGGCCGUGAGCCGUGA